ACAGGACGUUUUUUUUUCUUUCUUGUUUUCUUCUUUGUGUACGUGAGACUCGAGCCUCGGCUGUUAUGUAACCGCUCAAUCUCAGUUUCAAUCACACAAUGUUUCUCACGCGAAUAUCAGCGGGCGGUUCCAUAGUGAUAAAAGCUGCCGCACCGGACAAGGACGCAGGUUUUCCCCUCCAGUUGCAGAAGAGGGAAGGACCGAUCAUAAACUCGCGUCAUGGCUCAGAAGACAGUGCUGAUUGUGUACGCCCAUCAGAGUGGGGGGUCCUUUAACUCGGCAGCGAAGGAUGUUGCCGUGGAAGCCCUCGGACAGCAGGGCUACAAGGUUGUUGUGUCUGACCUUUACGCCAUGAACUUCAGAGCCUCCGCCACAAUGGAGGAUAUCACAGGUGAGGUGAAGAACCCGGAGCACUUCAAGUACGGAGAGGAGACCAUGCAUGCCUGGAAGGAGGGUCGACUCAGUGAUGACAUCAUAGCUGAGCAUCGGAAAGUGGAGGCGGCGGAGCUCGUCAUCUUCCAGUUCCCUAUGUACUGGUUCAGCGUUCCAGCCAUCAUGAAGGGCUGGAUAGACAGAGUCCUGACUCAAGGCUUUGCCUUCUCGCUGCAGAAGAUGUACAACAACGGAAUAUUCAAGGACAAGAAAGCCAUGUUGUCGUUCAGCACUGGGUCAAUGCAGACUAUGUACCGCCCUGACGGCCUCAACGGAGACAUUAACGUCACACUGUGGCCCCUACAGAACGGCGUGCUUCACUUCUGUGGGUUCCAGGUGCUAGCCCCCCAGGUGUUCUGGUGUCCGGGACACAGCCCCCCCGCGAAUCGGACAGCCAUGCUGGAUGGCUGGAGGGCCAGGCUGAAGACCCUGCUGGUCGAGCGACCCCUGACCUUUGCCCCCAGCGAGAUGUUUGACCUGACCUUCCCCGGGGGCUUCGUGCUGCGGCCGGAGGUCAGGGAGGAGCAGAGCACCCGCCCCCACGGCAUCACCACCGGACACCACCUGGGGAAACCCCUCCCCCCUGACAACCAGCUGAAGGCUGAUGACCCCUCCCCUGACAACCAGCUGAAGGCUGAUGACCCCUCCCCCCUGACAACCAGCUGAAGGCUGAUGACCCCUCCCCCCUGACAACCAGCUGAAGUCUGAUGACCCUUGGAUAAUGAUUUCUCCAAUAGAACCCAGAGAGUGUUCUUCAGUGGAAGCUUCUCUAAUCAGAUAUGUAAAGUGCGGUGUCCCUCAGGGUAGUUCCCUUGGGCCAGUUACUCUUCUCUAUUUUUACAAAUGAUUUGCCACUGGUCUUAAACACAAAGCUAGAAUGACUACAUAUGCAGAUGAUUCCACACGCUACACAUUAGUAUCAGGUGUUUAGUAAUAAAAACAUUCUCUAAGACCUAAACCUCAGCUAGAGUUGUGUAUAAAGGGUGUGACCGUUGAGCAAGUUGAGGAAGCUAAAUUCAUACUUAUAAACUGGGUGCUUCGAGCCCUGAAUGCUGAUUGGCUAACAGCCGUGGUAUACCACGGAUAUGACAAAACAUUUAUUUGGACUCUUCUAAUUACGUUGGUAACCAGUUUAUAAUAGCAAUAAGGCACCUCGGGGGGGUUUGUGGUAAAUGGCCAAUAUUCCACGGCUAAAAGCUGUAUCCAGGAACUCAGCAUUGCGUCGUGCUUAAGAACAGCCCUUAGCCGUCGUAAAUUGUCCAUAAACCACAUCCCCCGCCUUAUUGCUUAAGUAUAACAGUGGAUGGUCGGUUAUUAUGGUCAAAUCAAAUUGACAGAGUUGUUGUGAAGAUGGGGAGAGGUAUGUCUGUUAUAAAAAUAUGUUUAUGUGUUUUUGAAACAUCAAACUGCACUAGUUGUUCAGACUCUG